CUUUUUACCAAAUUUGAACACGAGAAUAAGAACGGGGUGCUGGAAGGAGAAGGGAUUGUGAUCCAAACACCACACUCCACGCCGAUCAAGUGUUUGCUAGCGCUCUUCCACAACACUAAAAGCAAUCUCACAACAUGCUUUUUGUACUCUGCUUUCCCUAUCCACCUUUUUCAGUUUCGAGAUUUACUUCCUAAGCUGCUCGGGAAGUCCAACCAACCGAUGAUUGUCUUUCCCGUGGUUUUCCUCAAAGUGUACAACGAAUGCAUUGAAGGCUACCGAAAAAUCCAAGAGUGGAACAUUGCGUCUCUCGAGGAAGGGAUUGGUCUGACAGACUAUUACCAGUACAAAUCGAGUAGUACCGGAAAGCCAAGAGACAGGAUCAAAAUGAUUAACGGCAUCUCAUAUGAUCUUUCACGGUUUGAACUGUUCAUUGACUUUGAAUGCAGGCUCUAUGGAUUUCUUACCGACCUAUGCAGCUCGUCAGGAUCACGGCUCGACUUAUCCAGAGAGCCAAACACCGGCGAGAAACUUAGAGAAUGGCUUCAGCUCAUAGAUUGUGUGGCUCUAAGCCAUAAACAAGCGGCGAGCUCCUAUCGACAGAGGGUUCAAGCCCAGAACACGGUUUUAUAUAGCCUGGUAUCCCAAGCCGAGAGCCGUUUGAACUACCAGGUUGCCGCAUCCACAAAGCAGGAUAGUUCGGAUAUGAGAGCUGUUGCUCUGCUUACUAUGCUCUUUCUUCCUGGGACUUUUGUCGCGACCUUCUUUAGUGCCGGUCUAGUUACGUCCAACUCCGGCAGUAUUCCUAUGGCGAACAAAUAUCUAUGGAUAUACUGGGUGAUAACUGUUCCCCUCACUAUUAUCGUCGUUCUAAUCUGGAAGUGCUGGUCAAGAAAGCAGACUGGACGGGCAAAUAACUUGCUUUGUAAUGUUAAUACACCUGACCUACCUUUAUAAUCGUCGUCUUCUGGUGCGAAGGCCAUUUGACGACUGAAUAUACCACUAAUCACCUUGAUCGUUUGCUUCUAUAUAUCAACUAGUGAGAAGUUAUAUGCAAGCUAGGUUGAGUCAUGGUGCUUUCUAGGAUUAAGAUUCUGCGGCGAUACUUGGCAAGUACAGGUGAAUAAACAACAACCAGCUACCUAAAUACUUUUUGCCGGAAAAUUGGUCGUCAAAUUCAUGUCUUCAAAUGGCUCAGGCCCUAACAGAUGACAAGUUAAUGGUUGGCGGCUACUAUAUUUCAAGAUACCGUGUAUGAUAUCGACAAAAUUACUGCAUAAGAAGAUGUCCAGAUUUACCCCUCAUUUCC